AAUCAAUGGGGCUUAAAGGAAGAGAGACGCGGCUUGAUGCUUAUAACUGGGCGAACCGAGAGCCCCUAGUUCGUCUGCCGUGAACCGACAGGCCCGCUCACGUCUAGCGUCUGCUUCAGCGGCUUUUGGCCGCUUUGCGCAGCCUGUCCCGAGAGUUGGCCGAAUGACCAUUGAGCCGGUGACAAGCCGGGGCUGCGUGUCACGCUGGUGACGGCGUGUCGCGCGCGGUGUCACGGUGUAUCGCAGUGUCACAGUGUCACAUACACCCCGGAAUGCACGGACACACGAGUGGGAGAGCUGUGCCGCUGGCAGAUGACUGGGGACAUUGUGGGAUGAAGUUUCCUAGGGCACAGAAGCCUGUGUAUGUGCUAUAAUAAUAAUAAUAAUAAUUAAUAAUAAGUUGUGGUUUGUUCGUCUCAAAGGCAGAGAAGGGCUCCCACACUGUCUGCUGCUGCCCUCUUCCUGCCUCCCCUCCUCGACAAGGGAGUCAGUCUGCACGAGGGUGACUGGCCAGCCAUGACGGAGCUGGGCGUGAAAUGGGCUUGUGAGUACUGCACGUAUGAGAACUGGCCGUCCGCGAUUAAAUGCACUAUGUGCCGUGCUCAGCGGCCCAGCGGCACCAUUAUCACCGAGGAUCCCUUUAAGAGCAGCCCGGGUUUGGACGCGGGCCGGGAGUGGGACCCACAGUCGACGGAGGGCGGUAGCAGCCUGCUCAUCUGUCCGGACUCGAGUGCCCGACCCCGGGUCAGGCCCACAGGCCCGGCUGAGGCGGCCAGCAAGUGGUCCUGCCAGAUGUGCACGUACCUGAAUUGGCCGCGUGCCAUUCGCUGCACUCAGUGCCUGUGCCAGAGGCAGCGAGCUCGCAGCCCCACCGAGGCGUCCCAGUCAUCGGGCUCCGGCGGCCGUCCCACGCCUGCACCGCAUCACCCGGUGGACCCCUGCGAGGAGUACAACGACCGCAACCGGCUCAACACGCGUGUACAGCACUGGACCUGUGCCGCCUGCACCUAUGAAAACUGGCCCCGGGCACGCAAGUGUGCAGUGUGUGACCACCCGAGGCCCAACUCCGGCCCAGAGGCCAUCAAGCUGGCCGAGUCUGAGGAACCUUCACCCAUCAUCAAUGAGCAGGACCGUGCCCGUUGGCGGGGAGGGUGCAGCGGGAGCCAGCGGACGUCCCCGCCCACCUCCAAGAGGGGGUCGGAGGUCAAAAUGGACUUCCAGAGAAUCGAACUGGCGGCAGGUGCGGUCGGCACCAGAGAGGAGCAGGAGAUGGACUUCAAAAAGCUGAAGCAGAUCAAAAACAGGAUGAAGAAGACGGACUGGCUGUUUCUGAACGCGUGUGCCGGUGUGGUCGAGGGAGACCUGUCUGCGGUGGAGGCAUACAAGUCAUCGGGGGGUGACAUCGCACGGCAGCUCACCGCCGACGAGGUGCGCCUGCUCAACCGGCCGUCGGCCUUCGACGACGGCUUCACCCUGGUCCACCUAGCCAUCCGCUUCCAGAGACAGGACAUGCUAGCCAUUCUUCUUACGGAGGUCUCCCAGCAGGCGGCGAAGUGCAUCCCGGCCAUGGUGUGUCCGGAGCUGACGGAGCAGAUCCGCCGGGAGAUCGCUGCCUCGCUGCACCAGCGCAAGGGCGACUUCGCCUGCUACUUCUUCACUGACCUAGUCACCUUCACUCUGCCUGCAGAUAUUGAGGACUUGCCUCCGACAGUUCAGGAAAAGCUGUUCGACGAGGUGCUGGACCGGGAUGUGCAGAAAGAGUUAGAGGAGGAGGCUCCCAUCAUCAACUGGUCGCUGGAGCUUGGCACGCGGCUGGACAGCAGGCUGUAUGCGCUGUGGAACCGCACGGCAGGAGACUGCCUGCUGGACUCGGUGCUGCAGGCUACGUGGGGCAUCUACGACAAGGACUCGGUCCUGCGCAAGACGCUGCACGACAGCCUGCACGACUGCUCGCACUGGUUCUACACGCGGUGGAAGGAGUGGGAGUCGUGGUACUCGCAGAGCUUCGGCCUGCACUUCUCCCUGAGGGAGGAGCAGUGGCAGGAGGACUGGGCCUUCAUCCUCUCGCUGGCGAGCCAGCCUGGCGCCAGCCUGGAGCAGACUCACAUCUUUGUCCUUGCGCACAUUCUUCGUAGACCAAUCAUAGUUUAUGGAGUGAAGUAUUACAAGAGUUUCCGUGGUGAAACACUAGGGUACACACGCUUUCAAGGGGUGUACCUGCCUUUAUUGUGGGAACAGAGCUUUUGCUGGAAAAGCCCCAUUGCUCUUGGUUACACAAGAGGCCAUUUCUCUGCACUGGUGGCCAUGGAGAACGACGGCUACGACAAUCGAGGCGCGGGCGCCAACCUCAACACUGACGAUGACGUCACCGUCACCUUCCUGCCCUUGGUGGACAGCGAGAGGAAGCUGCUGCACAUACACUUCUUGUCAGCACAGGAGAUGGGGAACGAGGAGCAGCAGGAGAAGCUGCUGCGGGACUGGCUGGACUGCUGCGUGACGGAAGGAGGCGUGCUGGUGGCUCUGCAGAAGAGCUCGCGGCGCAGGAACCACCCGCUCGUCACGCAGAUGGUGGACAAGUGGCUCGACGGGUACCGGCAGAUCCGGCCCUGCGCCUCGCUGUCCGACGGCGAGGAGGAGGAGGACGACGAGGAUGAGUGAGCAGGCUGCGGAGAACGCGGCGCCCAAACCGGGCGGGACGGGGCAGCGGCGGCGGAGGCAGCAACUUUGGAAAAGAACUGGAAGGAGGUGGAUCCUGCAGAAAUGGAAAGACACCCCAGAAAAACACACAUCAGAAGUCAAAAGAAGAUGAGAAAGAAAAGACAAAGCGAUGAACUGACUAGCCUCAUCUAUGCUGCGUCACAGAACCGCUGUGGGUUCAAAUAAAGGAUUGGAGUUUACAGCGAGACGUUACGGAGUCCCUCCUCGUAUGUAAAUCUUUUUCCAUAAAUGUAAUGCAUGUGGUUGUUUAAGAAGUUAUGUAAUAGGGAAAAUACCAGCAUCUAAAGAAUAUUUAUAUUGGUUUAUCAUGGGCACUUCUUGAAGCACAUUUUUAAAAUGAUUUCCUUACGAGAGGACCACCCCCCGCCCACCCUGUGCUGCCCCAGGAUCGACCCGUGAUUGGCUGGGGUGUCCAGGGGGUGAAAAGCCAAUGAAAUCUUACUCUUAAACAGGAGAGUAUCUUUAGGAAAUUGUGUACUGCAAACACUAAAUGACUGCACACGUUGUUCAAUGAUUUGGAUUAAAAACAGAUUUGCUUGGUUGGAGACUGUGUGAGGCUGAGAAGGAGUUUCCUCAUUUCUGUGCUUAGUGUGUCUUUGUUUAGAGAUUGUGUUGUAUUUUUAGCCCCCCGCCCCCCCCCAUAAUGUAUUCUUAAUGAGUAUUUAUUUGAGAGGGUAGAAACCUUCAUUCCCCGUUUCCUUGAUCUGUGUCUCAUACGGUCCUCUUCCGUUAAUUAUCCAGUUGUGGACAGGAAAAGCCACAUGUAGUUGCUGUGAGGGGGAGGAGAAUCUGUAAAAGUUUGUGUUUACCCCCCCCCCCUUUCCUGUGUGUGAUUAUUUUUUUUCUUUCUUUCUUAGUACCUCAUUUGGAUGUUACCUAGGUGCUCACAGAGGGGGUGGGAAAUCGCGGUCAAAUGCCACAUUCAAAACCCGUGCAUUAACAUUAGAGUAGAAUCCCACAUGUUCUACCUCCUCCCCUUCAUUUGGUCCUGUCCUUGGGUGUGUACUAAUGGGGGGGGGGGGGUGUCUCAGCUGGUUCCGUUCCAUUCCAUGUGCGACGUCUAGGUGACUGAAUUGGCCGAAAAUGAACCAUGGAUUGAAUUCGCCUAUUUGUAAACAAAACCUUUAUAAGCAGCUUACUAUUGGCUGUUUUGUUUGUGUUUCUGUGUGCGUGUGUGUGUGUGUGCGUGUGCGCGCGCGCCCUGCCCCCACCAGCCCCCCCGCCACCCUACCCAAAAAAAAAACAAAACAAAAAAAUUACAUUUUCAUACUUGCAGGACUUCUGAGUUUGGUUCAAUAUUGUUUAAUACAAAGAGCAUUUUAAACCAAAGUAAGAAUGGGCAGAGCCAUCGCAGAUCACCAUACAGAUGCGUUGGGCGGAUCUUUUAUUUUUAUUUUUUAUUUUCAUUAGUGACAACUAUUUGGUGGAGUUUUGGGCACUACUUAUACGUGGCUUUGUAUUUAUGAAAUAGGUAUAAUUCUUGAGAAGUGAAAGGUUUGACACUUAAGUAACAACAUUCACUAGACCCAAUGCACACUAGUGUUUGGGGUGUGCAAGAUUAAAUUAAGGUAAGUAUAAAGACAUUUUAAAGUGUUAUUUUUAAAUUAACAUUAAAAUAUUAAAACUGCUAUACACUGA